AUGGCGGCGUCCUCGUCGGGGCUCCGGGCGGGCGGAGCGGAGGGGGACGAGGCCCGGCGGGGCGGCGAGGGGACGCCGCUGUCGGCCUACGAGAGGAAGCGGCUGAGCAACAUCUCGGAGAACGCCCGGUUCUUCGCCUCGCUGCGGCUCUUCGAGUCGGCGGACAGACUUCGUAAAAUGACCUUGAAAAGGAAGACACAAAGAAUAAAGAGAGUUAAGUCUCCAAAGGCAGAAACUAAGACCACUUGUCGAAGAUCCAUGCGUUUGCAGAGAAUAGAUCCACUGGGCAUUCCCCUCCAGGAGUCAGAAGCCAAGGUGGAAUCGCCUGUGGAAGAGGAGCAUGCCCGAUUGCCACCUGGACCUCAUCUAAUGGUUGCUACUGUUCAGGAGCCAGAAACGGACACAUUUCUCGGCAUGUGGGCAAAAAUAAGCCAGGUGGAAGGGAAGAAGAGCGAGGAGAGCUCAUGUAACUUAGAAAGUUACAAAGCUCGUCUCCGCAGGAUGGUCCUCAGAGAAGAACAUGUUGCAAAAGUGGUGGCAAGUCGGAUUUGUUCUGUGGCUGUGCAUCCCUCAGAAAGCAGAACCCUGGUAGCAGCUGGGGACAAGUGGGGGCAGAUCGGUCUCUGGGAUUUGGACUCCGGUUUAGAGAACGGAGCCUACGUCUUCCUACCCCACAGCCAGGCAGUCAGCUGUUUGCACUUUUCUCCCGUCAACCCUGCUCACCUUUUAUCUCUCAGUCACGAUGGCACAUUACGAUCUGGGGAUGUAACCCGGAGAGUUUUUGAGGAGGUAUACCGAAAUGAGAGCCACAGCCUUUCCUCGUUUGACUUUUUGGCAAGCGAUGCCUCUACGUUGGUUGUAGGAACGUGGGAUGGAAAUGUAGCCAUAGUGGAUCGGAGAACAUCCGUCCCAUCCCCUGAGAUCUUGGUAGACCUUCAUUCAAAGACGAGGACGGUCCACGUUCACCCCGUCAGUAGGCAGUACUUCGUUGCGGCUGGGGAAAGGAACGUCGGUAUUUACGACGCUCGGCACCUGAAGAGCAGAAGCCAGCCGGUGGUCGCGCUCAAUGGACACAGCAAGAGUGUGGCGUCAGCUUAUUUUUCACCUGGGACUGGAAACAGAGUAGUGACGACUUGUGCUGACGAUACACUCAGGAUCUUUGGAACUCACUGUUUAUCAACUUUAGCUCCUGUUCUGGCAACGAUUCGGCACAACAACAACACCGGUCGAUGGCUGACCAGGUUCCGGGCGGUUUGGGACCCCAAAAGGGACGACUGCUUUGUGGUGGGGAGCAUGAUGCGGCCGAGGCAGAUCCAGGCCUUUCACGCCAGCGGCGAGCUGCUCCACUCCUUUCUGAAUGAGGAUUAUCUUAACUCCGUUUGUUCCAUCAAUUCCUGGCACCCCACCAGGUUCCUGGUUGCGGGUGGGAAUUCCAGUGGCCGCCUGCAUGUCUUUAAAGAGUGAUGGGUGUGCUGAAAACAAACCAGGGUUUAGUGUUUAGUUCAGUUGCACCUUAUCUUGGUUCUGGGCAAAAGCGGCUACAGACCAAUAAAUACGCUGCGUCACACAUCUGGAGAGAUCCUCCAUUGCGAUUAAGUUGGAAAUUAGGACUUAGGUUUGUCAUUGUGGGACUGUAAUUUUUUUUGAACGAGUUGUGAGAACCUCUUGGUGCCGAUUUAAUCACAGAGGCUUAUAAAUCUGUGUCAAACUCCGCAAUAGAUAAAAGCUCAUUUAGAAGUUACAUUGCUGAUAACUUUGGUGAUGAGAAAUUUAAA